AUGAAAUUCCUCGUCGUUCGCAGACAGAUAGACGGAAAAGGCCUACACACUGGGACAGAAGUCGAUAUCAAAUCUGAGUCGGUUGCUCAACUCAUGCGAGAUAUCAACGCGGAUGUGGAGGGGAUCUCGCUUCUGACAAAUCCGCCCGUGGUACCGUUGGAACUGUUCUACCACAACAGACUGAUACUCCAGGAGAAGCUGGACGAGGCCAAAAACGCUGUGCCAGUGAAUGAAAGCAUGGUUUUGGACCUCGUGGAGGUCAACAAAUUUGUGGAAGAAGAGUAUGGCGAGCACAAAGCUCGGCUUGAGCCUCUACACGCAGAAGGCGAAAUCACCUGGGAAGAUAUGUGGACUAUCUUCCCGCCUAAUGUCCUGGUGUACAGAUAUCACAACCUCGUCGAGCAGGACCAGAUCAUGAAGUUUCGAACGAUGAGUAUGGCGACGCGUUACGAUAAGUCGAGAUAUUGGGACCUGAGCUGCCAUGUAGUUGCCGAUGAUGGCGCCAAAUUUGGCCUUGCUGACGAAUACUACGGCAUGGAGAUCGACGAAUUCGUCGGGACGCGCAAGAUCUCGGAUCUGCCUCUUUAUCCACUCAGUUUCAAGGCCAAUGCCGCUCAGCUACACAAAGAGGCCCUAGAGCGAGGUCGCCGGUUUGCAGAUCUUAGCAAGCCACGGAUUAUGAAGACUAGUGGUUCAGCCAUGAGCGAGAAGCGCGAUGGAGGUUGGAAGCCACACUGCUACAAAUUCAUGUCUCACGGGAGGGUCAUCGUCGACCCUCCUGGAUUCCGCUACUUCAACUCCAACACUGCCUUCACAUAUAAAGUCCACAGGAACUUUCCUCGGACUGGUCUUACCGAUGAGCAGCUCGUUAUUUGCACGCCAGUUAUUUUGGGUUUCAGCUUCGGCGACAAAAAAUGGGGUGGCUUUGCUAUGGCCCGGCUCGUGGAUAUCACCUGGAAUAUGCAAGCUUUUCAAGAUCUUGUGAUGGACGAGGAGAGGAAGAAGAUAAUCCACUCCUUGGUCAAGCAACAUUCUGCCCAGGACGAUGAAUUUGAUGACAUCAUCAUGGGAAAAGGCAAGGGAAUGAUUUGCUUAUUCAGCGGACCGCCAGGCUGCGGUAAGACGCUGACGGCCGAGGCUGUAGCUGAGGUAACCAAACGACCACUGUACAGCGUUUCAGCCGGCGACUUAGGCGUUGACGCAUAUGACGUUGACGAAAACUUGAGUCGCAUCCUGAAUAUGACGGAAAACUGGAAUGCCGUACUCCUCAUUGAUGAGGCCGAUGUCUUUCUCGAGCAGCGAACCCAGAAUGACAUCGGGAGGAACGCCAUUGUUAGCAUCUUCCUACGACAGUUGGAGUACUUCCAGGGAAUCCUCAUUUUGACGACAAAUCGGAUUGUCCAGUGCGACAUGGCCUUCAACAGUAGAAUCCAUGUCAAAGUCUCGUACCCGGAGCUCGAUGAGCGAGCCAGAGAGGUCAUCUGGAAGACGUUCCUCAUGAAAGCUGGCACGAGUGUUGCGGUGAAUGUGAGCGACGAAGAUGUGUCACGCCUGGCACAGAUACCAGUGAACGGCAGACAGAUCAAAAAUAUUGUUGGUUGCGCUCGGGCAAUUGUCAAGGAGUCGGAGAGCGUAGUCUCCGUUGACCACAUUCAUGGUAUUUUGAGAGUCACAAGCUCGUGGCCAACGGAUGAAACGCCGAUGACAAACGGAAUCCACAAGCAAGAGAGUCAAAAAGGCGAUGAAUCUUCGCCAAUACAAGACCUAAGUUUACAUCGGACCUCCGAUCUCAUCCCGGGUUCUUAUAGGGUUGAGUGGGGUAUUGAAGGAUGA